CUGUUUCUUCUGAGAUCCGUGAAGGAGUGCGCGUGUUUAUUUGUACAAGAAACCCUGUGGCGAGAAAAGUCAAGGUGAACAAAACUAUCGAUUUCGCUGAAAGAAAAGGGCAAAAAAGGUUCAUUCAAUUGGAUGCCUACACUGUUGUUUUUACUUGCCCCGUGGAUCGCGGCCUCGAUCGGACAGAGGCUUACUAUUACAAUAUCACGACCUAAGUUAUUGGCACGUAACUAGGCUGAGAGGUGGAGCUCAGUGUCCCCACGGAGUAUCGAGGGUUACUCCAUAGACACUUUGUACUGAGAACUUCACAGUCCACUGAGCGAAACUGUUGCAACUACCACUCAGGUGAGACGUCGACGACAGUCUGCACUCUGUUGAGGUCGAUGUAAGUUUGCUGUGAUGAGGAAGCCCUUGGUGAUUGGGAUUCUUCUUGCGUCCUGCAUGGCAGGUCUUUGUUGCCGACAAACCAUCGGCCGCCAUCCCUAUCUACCGCCCUCUGCCGUGCCUCCACUGUGCCGAGAUGAGGGCAUAUUAGCCUACGACGGUGCGCCCCCGAGUCCGUUCUUAGUGGAACUCGAAUUUAUCAUCGAGUACCUUCAAGAUCUCAUAGACUCCGGAUGCUCGGACAGUCUGAGUCGUUUCCUCUGCACCAUCCACUAUCAACGGUUGGACCGAGUUCGUCUGGGAGUGGACGGUGAGGGGGUCUACCAGAAGCCCUGUGCCAAGCUCUGCCGGGCCAUUUGGCGCGACUGCCGGGUCACCGCCCGUCAGCUUGGCCUGGAUAGGACACCGGAGUUAAACUGUAAAAAGCACUCCCGUCUUGAAAAUAAAAAGGAAUGCCUCUCUGAUCUCUUCCCACCGAACGAACCGCCGAAUUGGAUCACAGCCGUCACCAGGGACAGCAUGAAUAAGGCUUCCGUCCACUUCCUCUCUCCAACAUCCACCACGCAGGCAAUUCGCAUCCGCUUGAACGAGACCUUCUCUCCAAUCGAGAGGGAAAUCUUUCAUUCUGUCGAUCCUAAAGGCCCACCCGAACGCACCAUUGAGAUCUUUCACCUUUGGAACGCAGGGAGUUAUAGAAUUGAAAUUACUGCUUUGAAUGACUUUGGAGAGGGUACAGUAACAAUUGCCAACAUACCGCCAUAUAAUUCAAACGUCUCCGGCGACGGCGGAACUGUUCCCGACGAAAAUUACUGGCGUUGCGAAGACAUCACUGUGGAGAUGUGCCAGUCUGACAUCGGCUACACGCAGACCUCCAUGCCUAACUUCCUCCAUCAUCCGAAUCAGGACGACGCAAAGUUAGAAGUUCACAAGUUCUAUACUUUCGUGGAUGCGCAGUGUUCGCCUUUCCUACGGACGUUCCUGUGUGCCAUGUACACACCAGAAUGCACUUAUGGUACCAGUCGCCUUGUGGUGCCCUGCAGAGAUCUUUGUGUAGCGGCGCGGAAUGACUGCGAAGAAUAUAUGAAUUAUGCAUUUGGAGUAUCGUGGCCACAAUAUCUGUCGUGUGACAACUUUCCCAACUUCAGCGAAGGAAAAGAUUGCUACUUAGGAGACGCACCUUUAAUAAUCGACCCUUGUGAAGUCAUCACGGUGGAGAUUUGCCAGUCCGACAUCGGCUACACCAAGACAGCCAUGCCUAACAUCCUAGGCCAUCAAACCCAGCAUGAAGUGGAAAUUGAACUUCAACAGUUCUAUCCUUUGCUGCAAGAGCAUGAGUGUUCGCCCUUCCUGAAGAAGCUCUUGUGUGCCAUGCACACUCCACAGUGCACUGGCGAUUCCAGUCGCCCCAUACUGCCCUGCAGAGAGCUUUGCGUGCAGGUUAUGGAUAGAUGCGAGGGUCUCAUGCAGGAGUAUGGACUCUUGGGGCCAGGAGGUCAUAGUUGUGAACUGCCCAGCUUCUCUGCAGGAGAGGAUUGCUACUUAGGAGGCGCGAAUAUGACCGAAAUACAACCCGCCCACGAUCGAUGCCAAGACAUCAACGUGUCCAUGUGCCAGUCUGGCAUCGGAUACAAUCACACGGUGAUGCCCAGCGUCCUUGGCCACGAGACGCAGAGUGAGGCGGCGAUACAGCUCUCUUCAUUCAUGCCUCUCGUGGAGUAUGGCUGCUCACCCCACGCCAGAAGCUACUUCUGCUCCAUGUAUUUGCCCAUGUGCAACACCUCCAGCGGAGCCAAGGUGCUACCUUGCCGGGAGCUGUGUGACUCUGUCAGGAUAGAUUGCUUGGGAGCGGUGCGUGAAUGUGGCAUCAGUGGGCCGGAGAGAUUUGUGUGCGAGAAUCUGCCGAGUCGAAAUAGCGGGUCUACUUGCUACCUUGGAGAUUUGGAACCAACGAUCUCGAGCGAUGGUCCUGGUCCACAACAAUUCGACAUGACAAGUACCCUUAAGCCGCGCCGUAACGACAUUCACAACCUCGGCGUGCCGUCCAUGUUCCGUGGCUGGGUGGAUGUUCAGGGGCAGGGCGCCGCCAACGACUACUGUAGGGUUGUCACCAACUCUAACGACGGCUACCUACUGUCCUGCUCGCUGGCUGGGAUGGAAGGCAGCCAGAGUGACUUGGACUACAACAGCACUGGGCCGUGGUUUGAUGCCGGUCACGUGGAUACGUGGUACAUGAUGGACGUCAAUGGGGACCGCAGAGAUGACUAUUGUAGGUGCAUCGGACCCCUACCAGCUACCCAUGUCUCGUGUCUGCUGGCCGGCGAAGGUGGAUUCAUGACAGAGACAUUAGACUACAAGCCGGUGCCCGGUGGCUGUCACAACAGCACUGCCGACCCUUUCUCCGGAUUAGAGUCCGUAUGGGUAGGGGAUGACACGGGAUCAGGGGAUCGGACUUGACUGGUGGUCGGAUCGGUCUAUGAGUUCUGUACAGUUAAUGAGUGCUGUGCUUCGGCAAACAAUCUUAGACCUAUGUGAAGCAUUAUGUAGAAUGCCCCUUUCCAAACAUAUCCACCGCAUGUUCUUACAUUCUAUCUCCGUAUCUGCCGUAGGAUGUCGAGACCGCGAGUAAGGCUUUUGAUAUUUUUUUCUUCCCCAACAUUAUGCUGAACAAGCCCAAAACCGCAGUCGCUUUUGAAUUCCGCCUCAGCCCACUCAACAAAAGCUAGAUAUGCGCUGGGUACAGCGCCUCCAUUGAACAAAAUAAAAAGCUUUUCAAACAAGCGCGAAGUAUGUGGGUGCGCUAUCCUCCGUCAGUAGAAGCUGUGUGGCGGACGCUGUCUGACGUUUUCUUUCCUCUUUGGCUAACCAUUAGCGGGUUGUUGCGAGAAGAGACACUUUCAAACCCUCUGUUCACCGUUUAAUCGUCAGACGAUGUGCGACCCACAACUAGCGCGCUCGGCUUUCAACUCAAAUAUACGAGGUAAAACUGGUCUCGUGUUACUAUCUUAACAGGUUGUUGUUUGGCCGUGCUACCAAAAAAGAAAAAAAACAUUGGGGAGUGCUGGGUUAAAUACUCUGCGAAAUGACGAUCAAAAUGACAAGAAUUAUAAAAACUAAGAUCUUUUCGACGGCGAACAUAAAACUUUCAAAUUGUCCAACGUAUCUCUCGGUUUGCUGUCAGCGACUGCUUACCAUUUUGCACAGAGGAGAGAGACGCACCUAAGGCAGUGCUUUUUAACCUGUUACUGCACUUUCGCGUGUAAUACAUAGCCGUUGAAAAACAAGAUACUAAACUACGUCAAUUGUGUACUGUGUUUCUAAUCAGCUCACAAAGAUACUCAAGCCUAUCCCUGUGAUCCAAAGCUGCUGCCGUCAGAGGACGCGUUAACGUAUAAACUCUAUGAUAGCUUUAUAGUGGCUCAUACUUUUUAGUUGAUGGCAUGGCUCCUAUUGUGGGGGGUGGUCUCGUGGGGAAAGGAAAGUUCUACAUUACAUAUUAUUAGUCUACAUAAUUGUACUCUAUGUCCACUUCUAAAACUACCAAAGUGGGUGUGAUGUACCCUUAGGCUAGCUUUAUCAUGGUUGGCACUGGUGACCCCGGGGGUCUUGUUCCCAUGUACAUGUAAAUGCAUUUCUACAAGUUUCCCAUACAUACUGGCAUCUGGUAAUAUUUUUCGCACAAUAAAAUUAGAGCUCUUAAGGGUCAAGAAAUUCAUCACAUGUAUGUAGCCCUGUGUUUUUGUUUUCUUUUGGGUCUGACAGCAAUAAAUACGAUCCUUGGUGUUUUAUGACCGCUGGUGACCUUUGACCGGAACUCUCUCUUAAACAGGAAUGACACUACUUGACACUUUCUUAAGUGGUGGAAUUUGCUCCAGCACAGUAUAAGUAUGUCAUAUUGAAACGUGUUUAAUCCUUGCACUUCUAAUUAUGAUUGAUAUGUGUAAUUAAAGCCAGCUAAAGACUUAAAUUGGACGUAGCAUCAUUCAGUAAGCAAAUGUUACUCACUGCACCAUAAGCCUUCAAUUUAGGAAGAACUUUGGUUUGCACUCAAAAUUUUGUUCAAGUUCAAUUUUUAGGGGAGUCUAUAAGGGGCUCCCCCCUUCUAACUCACCACUCUCUGCACUCAAGACAUCCCGUUUUACAAUACAAGUCACUCCUACGUAUUCCAAAUGUCGAACCUUUGGCACUGAAAGUCAUAAUGAAAUCUCACUGGGCUCCCUGACAAACUUUAAGAGAGCGAUUUCGACAGACUGUGAUGGCGUGUCUACAAACGAAAGUGUCAGCGCUACCUAUUACAAACAAAAGUGUCAGUUUGCAGAUGUGAUAUGGUAUUAGAAAUAAUCACCCAUUUCAACCACCUGUCAGUCCUGUAUUAUCAGUACUGUUAUAUCGCAUCGCCUGUAUGAUUACUUAAAUCGGAACAGAAAGUGCAAGGCUAAUGUUCACACACGCCGUGUAUACUGCGCGUAAAUAAAGGAUCCUUUAAUGAAUGGAGAAAAUUUACGGCUUAUUAAACCGUUGAGUGCUCUAGUGUCCCGUGGUUGAAGUGUCUUGGAGCUUGUGGACUCAAGUCCGGCCUGUGGGAUGGUGCGUGCGCCAGGCCUUGGACGACGCACAGUGUCACUCAUUGCUUCUCUCCACCUAGAAAAAUUGGGCAACCGUGAGGGGAGAGAUGGCUAUUGAACGGGUAGUUGAAGUAGCUGCUUUUGCGCAGAAAUGCCAGCAUCGAGCCGGAAACUCCCUCAAGGAGCUGGGAUGGUAUUUGGAAAUGAUUCAUGGGCCUAGUGAGCAGGGGUAAUAGCGACGAAGCGUCUUGAGCACCUGUCCAUGAGGACAGAUGCGUUGAUACCCAUUACAGUCAACUGGCUGG